AUGGCAAAGAAGAGGUCAUGGUUCGGUUGGAUAAAAAGACUAUUCAUCUGCGAGGCCAAAGCAAAAUCAGAGAAGAAGCCAAGGAGAUUGAGAUGGGUGUUUAGAAGACUAAAGCUGAGACAUCAGAUUGCAACUCCAGUGCAAGAAACAAGGACACUGAACAAAGCAACAGAGGAUCAAAGAAAACAUGCCAUGAACGUAGCCAUUGCCACAGCAGCAGCAGCUGAGGCAGCCGUUGCAGCCGCCAAGGCAGCUGCUGAGGUUGUCCGGAUGGCGGAAAACGCCUUCACGUCACAACAUUUUGUCAAGAAACGAGAUACUAAUCUGGCAGCUAUCAAGAUUCAGAGUGCCUUCAGAGCUUAUCUGGCGAGAAAAGCGUUGCGGGCACUGAAGGCACUUGUGAGGCUUCAAGCCAUUGUGCGUGGCCGAGCUGUUAGGCGAAAGGUUUCUUCAACAACAGAGAGAAAACAAGAAGUUAAGAUACCAAAACGUUCGAUGUGUAAUGGUAAGAAUGGUUGGGAUAGUAGCGCUCUCACAAAAGAAGACAUCAAAGCUAUAUGGUUGAGGAAGCAAGAAGGUGUGGUCAAACGUGAGCGUAUGUUGAAAUACUCUCGUUCUCAUCGGGAGAGAAGAAGUCCUCACAUGGUUCUUGAGUCACUGUACACAAAGGACAUGGGGAUGAGAAGCUGUAGGCUUGAACAUUUGGGUGAAAUGGUUGUCCCUACAAAAGUAAAGGUUAGAAGUUUGCAGAGACAAGACUCUGGUGAUGGACAAGAGUCUCCAUUUUCUUUUCCAAGGAGAUCUUUCAGCCGUCUUGAGCAGAGUCUGUUGGAAGAUGAGAGUUGGCUCCAAAGUGGCUUCCAGCCUUACAUGGGAGUGACAGAGUCUGCAAAGGAGAAGUUUAGAUCGCUGAGUACACCGAGGCAACGUGUAGGGGUCAUGGAUACUUGA